AUGGGCGACACAGUGUUAGACGCAAUAACUUCGCCCGAGAGCAGCUCAGGGAAUGAAGAGCCACGUCCCAGUCUUUCACGGCCCAAAAGCAACCGAGUCUUGCACAACCGCCGAAGCCCCAAGGGCUUGAGGCGAAAAAAGCGUUGGAAGCGUAGAUUUGCUAGCCGUCUCAAACAGCUUUCCCCACUCUACUUGUCCUCGCAAGACGUAAACCGGACAUCCGCUGCGUCGUAUGCCGCCCUUUUGGAAGCCCACGUGCAGCCGUCAUCCACUGCACUCGCGCAUCCUCGUGUGAAGGACCAGGUAAGGGAGGCCUUCAGAAACCUUCCCAGACCCUCCCAGGUAGUUCCAGAUCUUGAUGCUGGAAGCGCGUCAGAUGCUGGGUUUGGGAAAGAUUUAAAAGAGUCGCAUAGACGCAGAGUCAAGUCAACGGAAAUUAUCAUUCAAUAUCUCAACCGCGAUGGAACUCAGGACCCCGUCCCGCCGUGGGCUCAUGACAUCAACGGUCUCAAACGCUACACACGUUACAUGUUCCCGCCGCCAGAGGAUCAAAAUAUAGAAGCUCCACGGGUGCUACCUGCAUUCCUUUCCAAGUCGUAUCGCGGGUCACUGUUGAGAACUUACAAGGUUGGCGCUAGAUCGCGGAGAACGAAGAACAAAGGAAAUCCAUCGAAGGGGAUCACAAAUUUUCAUGACGAUUUACCUUGCGCUACUUCCUCGGAUCCAGGCUCUGUCGCAGAUUACGAGUAUUGGGCCACUACCACUGAUUCGGAACUCGAGGCUCUUUCCCCACCACUGAUCCAGCAGACUAAAGUACUUCAAUCUGCGAAUAGCGAUCUAGGAAAAUCAAACAAAGAACUUUUGCAAGAAGUUCUAGCUGAGCAUGCAUCCGAUUCAUCCAAAACCGAGAACAGUGAUUCGAGCACAUCGAGUGUGCCACCUGCAAGUAGCCAGACACCACCUGAGCCCGUAGAAGAGCUACCUCGGCAAGAGGAAGGGGCAGAUCAUCUUAGCGAGUUGUUCAAGAUGGUAGAAGAGAACCCCAACACUCUCUUUGGUGCUCAGACAGUGCCGGAAGAAGAGUCGAUUGACAUCAGAAGGGAAGAAAAAUCUACUUCAGAAAAAGAGAAUAGGAGUAAGAAGCAAGUCAGAAUUGACCAUGAUUCUAAUCUAUCACCUUUUGACAAAGAGAGAAAGAAGGCGGAAGAGUUUUGUAACGCCUCAGUUGUUGGAACAAGGUCUAUUAAUAUACAGCAGGUGGAGAUCUUAAAAAUGCAGACAAGUGUAACAGGCGCAAAGCCUGUUGAGCUGGCGGACGCAAACAUGAAAACGAACGGGUACGAUGCCUCCUCCAAAUCAUUGCGAAUGAUGCAGAAAAUGGGGUUUAAGGGUCGAUUGGGGGCAAAAGAAGACGGUAUACUUGAGCCGAUCAAACCCAGAACAACAGAUGGCCGUCUUGGCCUUGGUUUGCGAUCGGAGCGCGAUGUUCAAAUGGGGAAGCCUGCUGCUGUGUUCCCAUCAAAGUUUAAAGGAAAGAAUGCUCAUGCCCCUGUUGUAGAUCCCGAUAAAUCUCCGGUGAUUGCUGAUGACUUCGCAAAACCGCUUGCAAAGCGAAAAUCAGGGCCGGCAGGUCUGACGGAAAAUGCACCACACUCCAUAGUAGAUUUGGAUGGUUCUAAUCAUAACAAGAGGCUGAAGCGCGGUGCAGUGCUUGAAGUGGAAAAAUAUGCAAGUGACCAAUCCUACGUCGAUAAUGGCCGCCGUGCGGUCCUGAUUGAUAUGGACGCCUUAAUGAGAAACAGCCUUGAGAGGCGCUUGCAAGCGUUUCGAAAGUUGGUAGAGUCGGUUGAAGUCUUGGCAAACGACUUCGACCUAUCCGGGUUUCUGGAACAGCAGGAACAAGACCUGUCUGACAAUGACUACAUUGCAAGGCUUAUUAAGGCUGCUGGCUUGGGCCCCUCUGACUCAUUGAUGACACGGCUUCACGACGACUUAGACGCUGCGUAUCGGAGCGGAAGCGAUCCAGAGUGGAACGGGGAGGUCCUCCGAACCUUGAAGCAAUAUUGUAAGACAGUCAGCUACGGUUUGUUGCACCGGGGAAGUCGCGGUAGAAUGAAUCGUGAAAUGACAUCGCUAGGAACCGCACACCAGUUCCUCAAUCGUUCCCGGGUGACUGUAAAGAACGAAGACGAAUGGCCAUACAUAAUGACAUGGCAAGAUUUACUAUGUCGGAUUGGAGUUCGGGCACAACAAGCGGUGCUUCUCGUAAGAGUUCAGCAAUGGACUAGCCAGACGUGCCUCGGUGGAGUUGUUGCAUCAUCAGUCUUGGGGGCUCGUUCGCUGCUCCUGUCAGAAGCCGAUAGUAGUGUUAGUAUGGAGCUAUUCGAAUGUAAUCCACGGUGCGAGAUCAUAUCUGCCGAAGUCGGUCGCAACCAUGAACGACUUUUUGCUCAAAUUUGCGAAAAGGAAGGAGGUAUGUUCACAAAGCGUAAUGUGUUGGCAUUGUAUUCUUCAGAUGGUUUGUGGUAUGCAGGACGGGAAGAAUUCGGAGGAACGCAUGGAGUCGGAAAAGCGUGUGAGUCCUCACUCAUUGCGUUCUUUGGAUACGGAAAGAGGGAAUGGGUGCAGAACGACUGCGUCUUGGAAUUAUCAAAGGAGCACUAUCACAAGAUGCGUGAUGCUAGAUUUGCAGGCAUUCUCGACCCUGCUGAUGUGGAAGAUUUAUGA